GGACAUGUUGGGAUAUAUCUCGUAUCGUUGUGAUUGGGAUUGGGACAUGAUAUAUCGUAUCGUCGAGUUGGUCUCUUGUUUUGUAUUUUCUGAAUUUUCGAUCAAUGUUAUAAUCAUUUUAACCAUUUUUCACGAAUUAAAAAAAUGUCGACGAAAUCUCCGGUAGAUUUGCGAUCGGAGUUGGCGGAAUUGGUGAAGCGUAAAGCCGAGAUCGCUGAAACGUUAGCCAACUUGGAACGUCAAAUAUACGCCUUUGAGGGAAGCUAUUUGGAGGAUACUCAAUUGUAUGGAAAUAUAAUAAGAGGUUGGGAUAGAUACUUGGCAAGUAACAAAAAUACCAAUAGUAAAGCUGACAAGCGUAACAGAAAAUUUAAAGAGGCAGAAAGAUUAUUUUCCAAAUCGUCCAUUACAUCCAUGGCUGCGGUUAGUGGACUCGUUGAGAAUGCACAAGAAAAAAUUGAACGAUACAGCGAAUCAGAGUCUCAGAUUGGAAAUAGUGGCAGCGAGGACAAUUGCAACUUUGGCAAUUCAAAUGCGAUUCCUUCCAGCAAUAACAAAGAAGCUAGUGGAAAAAAUCAUACUUCCAUUCAAACCGGACAUGUCCAAAAUAGUGGUACUCUUAAUAGUGCGGACAAUACUUCGAUUCAAUUUACAAAUGGAUCAAUGUCCAAUGGAAAUUUAGAACAUAUUACCGCACCUGUCAAAGAAUGUCACAGUAAUAGUAAAGACUCUAACAAAACCAAAUCUGGAAAUAGCGCAAAAAAGAAUAGCACAAAAAGAGCAAGAAAUAGGUAGAAAUAUUAAUGACAUGUACGUUAGCGAAACGUAUCGAUUCUUUUUUUUUUCUCUUUUUCCUUGGAACAAUACAGAUUUUGUGUAAUGUUGCUAGUUAUGGCUGAUUUUUUUUUCUCCCACUUGUGGAAUCUUCACAUAGUAUUUGAUAUUUGUCAUAAGAUCCGAUAUAGAUAUCCAUUUUUGUACAUUACAAAAAAAACCAAUGUUUUUUAUUUUAACAUAAAACUAUACUGAUUAGGUUGACACAUUUUGUCUCCUGAGCUAAACAAAUUAGUUUUAUUGUAUUUUUGUACAUAUAGUAAUAAGUAUAGUUAGUACACAUUCCACAAUUAUGUAAACGUAUAUUUCGUAAGUAUUCGUAAUGUUUCUUGCAGUAUUAAUGUUUGAGAAACUAUUUUUAAGUUUUGUGAAAAAAAUAUUAAAGUAGAAGAAAUAUUCAUAACACAUACAUACACACGUGCAAAUUAAAAUUAAUUUAAAGAAAUAACCUUAAAUAUCUUUCAGCUCUCUUUGUGUGUGUGUGUGUGUGUGUGUGUGCGCAUGCGUAUAUUCGCACGUGUGUGCAUAUAUGUAUGAUUUGAGCAACACACACACACACACUUUUCGUUUUAAUAAAACAAUUUAUUUCUAACAAAAUAUGUCGAUUCAAAAUUUUUCAAUUAAAUCUUUUUUAAAGCUAAGAGAUACAUUUGUCAAUUAAAUUUAACAUUGAUCUUAUAUAAUUUUACGACUAUACGUAAAUUAAAUAAUAAAAAAGAUGAAAAUGUCUCUCUCAAUCUUUAAAAUCUAAAGAUUUAUAAUAUAAUGUUGAUUAACAAUAACAAUAAGAAAUCCGAAUCUCAAUAUUAAAUGAUAAUCUAUGAAUAUUGAAAUUCUCUAAGAA